CAGUGAAGCCGACGGUCAUUGAGACGGCGGUGUACGUCAACAGCAUUGGACCAGUCGACCCCAUCAACAUGGAAUACACCAUCGACAUAUUCUUCGCCCAGACAUGGUACGACAGCCGCCUGAAGUUCAACAGCACCAUGAAGCUCCUGAUGCCCAACAGCAACAUGGUGGGGAAGAUCUGGAUCCCGGACACCUUCUUCCGCAACUCCAGGAAGUCCGAUGCCCACUGGAUCACCACGCCCAAUCGGCUGCUGAGGCUGUGGAGCAACGGCCGGGUGAUGUACACGCUGAGGUUGACCAUUAACGCGGAAUGCUACCUUAAGCUGCACAACUUCCCCAUGGACGAGCACUCCUGCCCGCUGGAGUUCUCGAGCUAUGGCUAUCCUAAAAACGAGAUUCUAUACCGCUGGCAGAGGAGGUCGGUGGAGGUGGCGGAUCAGCGGUACUGGAGGCUGUAUCAGUUUGCGUUUGUGGGCCUGCGAAACUCCUCCGAUGUGGCGCGCACGCAAUCAGGAGAAUACGUCGUCAUGUCGGUGUUCUUCGACCUGAGUCGGCGGAUGGGCUACUUCACCAUUCAGACCUACAUUCCUUGCAGCAUGAUAGUGGUGCUGUCCUGGGUCUCCUUCUGGAUCAACAAAGACGCGGUGCCAGCGAGGACAUCCCUAGGGAUCACCACGGUGCUCACCAUGACGACCCUCAGCACCAUAUCGCGGAAGUCGCUCCCGAAAGUGUCGUACGUGACGGCCAUGGACCUGUUUGUGUCAGUCUGCUUCAUCUUCACCUUCGCCGCGCUCAUGGAGUACGGCACGCUGCACUACUUCACCAGCAACAGGAAACCCAGGAGGCCGGGGGCAGACGCCGCCAACGCCGCCACUGCGCAGAGAUCCCCCACGGUCAAUGUUAGGACGGAGACCUCCCUGCUUCAGAUGAGCAACAUCGCCCCCUACCGCCAGGAGGAGAACUGCGCCUACGAGUGCCUGGAUGGCAAGGAUUGUGCCGGCUUCUUCUGCUGCUUCGACGACUGCCACUCGGGGGCGUGGCGUGAGAACCGGAUGCACGUCCACGUCUCCAAGAUCGACUCCUAUUCCAGAAUAUUCUUCCCCACUGCUUUUGGCCUCUUCAACCUUGUGUACUGGGUGGGAUACUUGUAUUUGUAA